UGGUGCCGUGGUCGCCGCCGUCGUCAGUCGGGCUGCGCCUGGUUCCUCAGCUCUCGGCCUCCUCGGGCCCAUCGCUGCUCCCGGACCUCGCUGCGGGCUCGGAUCUGCCGGGAAAAUGUCUGAUGAAUUUUCGAUCGGUAAGACAUGCCUUUUUUGUAUUGCAGUUGGCUGAUGCGCUACCUGACCACUCCCCUGCCAAAACUUCUGCUGUGAGCAAUAAAAAACCUAGCCAAUCUCCUCAAAGCUGGCCAGGUUCCAACUCUUGGAAUAACCCAAGUGCUCCACCUGCUGUGCCAUCUGGACUCCCACCGAGUGCAACCCCGUCCACUGUGCCUUUCGGAUCAGCGCCAACAGGAAUGUAUCCCUCUGUGCCUCCCACUGGACCACCUCCAGGACCUCCAGGACCCUUUCCUCCUUCCGGACCAUCAUGCCCCCCUCCUGGUGGUCCUUAUCCAGCCCCAACUGUGCCAGGUCCUGGCCCCACAGGGCCAUAUCCUACACCAAAUAUGCCCUUUCCAGAGCUUCCGCGACCAUAUGGUGCUCCCACCGAUCCAGCUGGUCCUUUAGGUCCAUGGGGAUCCAUGUCUUCUGGACCUUGGGCACCAGGAAUGGGAGGGCAGUAUCCUACCCCUAAUAUGCCAUAUCCAGGGCCAUAUCCCACACCUCCUCCCCAAGCACCCGGGGCAGCACCACCUGUUCCAUGGGGCACUGUUCCACCAGGAGCCUGGGGACCACCAGCACCAUAUCCUGCCCCUGGGGGAUCGUAUCCCACACCAGGACUCUAUCCCACACCCAACAAUCCUUUUCAAGUGCCUUCAGGACCUUCUGGUGCUCCACCAAUGCCUGGUGGCCCCCAUUCUUACCAUUAAGUUAAUGGAUGAAGAGAUGACGCUUUGCUUUUUGAAGUACAUAUGUAUGCACAAUAAUGCAUAUAUAAAAAUUGCUGGUUUCACUAUUAGAGGGCAUUCAUGAAAGAACAACUGCUCCUCUCAGAAGAUAUCUGCCUCUUGUUCUUGGAUGUAUAAUAUAUCAGAUGGAUACAAUCAGAUAAAAAUGUAAAUCAUUCUAAUGUGAUUCUUACUCAGUUUUUAUGGAAAGUGAAAAUAAAUUUAUUGAAUAGCUCUUUGAUAGAAUUUGUAUAAAACAAAUUUUGGAUUUGUUUAAAUUAUGAAACUACAAAUUUAAAAAUCUAAGAUGAUGUGUGGAUUAUUGUUAGAACCUGCAACCUCAUUGGCAAACUAUUUCAAGUAUUUUUCUAUAAACACUUUUUCCUUAAAUGAACACACUUUGAAAAAUGUUGUCAUAAUUUAAAAAAUUAUGCCUUUCAACAUCUUGUGCUGCUCUAUCCAUAGAAUAAACAAACAUAGUCCUCUUGAGGUUAUACUUUCAAUAUACAUUUUUAAACUGGCAGUAAUUAAUAUCAGAUGUUGAGUUUAUUAGGAAACAUUAAUUUUUAUCCUUGAAAUUUUAGUGAAAGCUUUUGUUUUGAAUUUCACCUGAUUUGUUUUACUUUUAACCAAAUGGGUCAGACAGCUCUUAAAUCUGCCAUUUGUAUGGAAACUUCUUUUUAUUGCAGGCAAGCAUGUACGGAAAUUAUACUCCUAAAGCAUUGGUGAUCUCUAUUGCUUUAGAAUAGAUUUGACGUGUCCAUACUGCUUUGAGAAGAGCUCAAGGAAGGAAAUAAUUCUCUCCUUUGUCUUGAACCUCACAAUAAAGGCAACCUUAGGAGUUGCUUCAUAAGGACAAGUAAUUGUAUUCCCACAAAUCACUCUUCCACCCAGUCCCUUAUAGCCCCUUCCUCGGUUUUUUAGGAGCACAUCCUUUCAUUCCUCCCUGACAUGGAAAACUGGCACACCCUCGGGGCUGUCAUAAACACAUGUAGCCAUUUUGUUUAAAGAACCUUAAGUCACACAGGCAUGACUGUUCUCUUUGUACAAGUUGAUCAAAAUACGAUCUGUCAGAAUCUGGUUAAGCUAUGUCAUUGUCUCUUGCAUAGUUUCCUGGAUCUGUUUGUAAAGUGCUUAAAGCUAAACAGUUCAGUUCUGUAUUUGUUGACAGGUAAAUAGGUUUAAUUAAGUGCCAUUUACUCUUAACAAUGAAAAUAAUAAAGUGUAGAUUUCUGCAAUUGAGUUUAAA